UCUGCUAUUUCGAAAGGUCCAUGGUCAAACCUGUAAAGCGAUAAGUUAUGGAAUAUCAUCCAAAAAGGAAGAGAUAAAAGGUGACCACGGGGCUUAGAAAAAUGGGAAAUAUUUUUGACCUUGUUCAAAACAAACCAACAUUCCCCCAAGGCAGGAGUGAAAGUGAAUUAUAACGUAAAAAUGGAUGAACAUGACAGUUUGUUUAUAAACGAUAGUUCUCAUAUAUUUAAUGUUUGCGAAGUUUUAAAUAUAUUUCGUGAAAGUGGAGAACUUUGCGAUGUCGUACUUUACACCGACGAAGGUAUGAAGUUGCCAGCACACAAAGUCGUACUGAGCGCUUGCUCACCAUAUUUUAGAGCCAUGUUUACUACAAAUUUUAUAGAAGCCAGAGAACCGGUUAUAUAUUUAAAGCAUACUGAUGGUUAUGCUUUAAGAGAUAUGAUUGAUUAUUUCUAUUCAGGCAAAUUGACUGUUAAUUGUUACAAUGUUGAAGAAAUAAUCAAGCUGGCAAAUGUUUUGCAGUUAAAAGAUUUAAUUGAGAAAUGUGAAGUGUAUUUGCGACGGAAUAUGUCACCUAAAAAUUCACUUGGGUUACAAGCUUUUGCUCAUCAAUAUUCUUUAAAAAAAUUGAAGGAACAUGCCAAGCGUUACAGCUGUUGGAAUUUCAAUGAUGUAAAGAAUGAAGAGGAAUUUCUUCUUUUGCCUUUAAGUUGCUUAAAAGAAUUGAUUGCAGAUGAUUCAUUGAGAGCACCUUCUGAGGAUUAUAUUUUCGAGGCUGUAAUGAAAUGGAUUUUAUAUGAUUUUAACAACAGAAAAAGUAAUUUACAACAGCUGCUGCCACAUGUUAGAUUUCCUCUAAUGAGUCCAAAUUACAUUCGAAAGAGUAAUAUAGUUCAAACUUUGUUGGAUAACUUUACUAUUGGAGCCAGUUACAUUGAAGAAGCUUUGAAAUAUCAGUACCAAGAACUUACUAUUGAAAAUGCAAUAUUACCAAAACGCUUUACACCCAGGGCUUCUUCUCAGGAUAUUUAUGUCAUUGGCGGUUGGUCAAAUGGUCAAAAAUUGAGCACUGUCCAAUGUUUUAGUGUAGAUACCUUAAAAUGGACAACAGUUAGUAACAUGAAUGUUGCACACGUGUCAAAAGAAGAUUACUUCCGUGUCAUAGUGUCCAAUGAAGAAAACACAUGCACAAAUACCGACCGACUCUAUUUUUGGUGCUCAAAUGACUCUGCAACAGAUAUUUACAUAGCAUAUAGACUAAUUCAAGUUUUUAAUUCCUGGAGACAAAUAUGUGCUCAUAAAAUUAGUGCAUUUGCGGCUUAUCGGCACCCUCUCCUAAUACUCAGUGCAGGCACAAACCAAAAAGUGCAAGGAACUGACAUUUUUGUGGAAACUUGGGAAUAUUCUUGCAGUCGGGUUCACGUCAUAAUUCUGCUUGAGAACCAAUCACGGGCUACUUCUUUAGCUAGCUAUUAUUAUGGGCCUAAGCCAGCUAUUUUAGAGCUAGGCUAUGUGCACAUAAAAACAAAAGACAGCGGAGAAAUUGUUGUUACAGAAAACAUUAACAAGUGUUAUUAUUAUUAUAAUACGCGGGGCUUAGAAAAAUGGGAAAUAUUUUUGACCUUGUUCAAAACAAACCAACAUUCCCCCAAGGCAGGAGUGAAAGUGAAUUAUAUCGUAAAAAUGGAUGAACAUGACAGUUUGUUUAUAAACGAUAGUUCUCAUAUAUUUAAUGUUUGCGAAGUUUUAAAUAUAUUUCGUGAAAGUGGAGAACUUUGCGAUGUCGUACUUUACACCGACGAAGGUAUGAAGUUGCCAGCACACAAAGUCGUACUGAGCGCUUGCUCACCAUAUUUUAGAGCCAUGUUUACUACAAAUUUUAUAGAAGCCAGAGAACCGGUUAUAUAUUUAAAGCAUACUGAUGGUUAUGCUUUAAGAGAUAUGAUUGAUUAUUUCUAUUCAGGCAAAUUGACUGUUAAUUGUUACAAUGUUGAAGAAAUAAUCAAGCUGGCAAAUGUUUUGCAGUUAAAAGAUUUAAUUGAGAAAUGUGAAGUGUAUUUGCGACGGAAUAUGUCACCUAAAAAUUCACUUGGGUUACAAGCUUUUGCUCAUCAAUAUUCUUUAAAAAAAUUGAAGGAACAUGCCAAGCGUUACAGCUGUUGGAAUUUCAAUGAUGUAAAGAAUGAAGAGGAAUUUCUUCUUUUGCCUUUAAGUUGCUUAAAAGAAUUGAUUGCAGAUGAUUCAUUGAGAGCACCUUCUGAGGAUUAUAUUUUCGAGGCUGUAAUGAAAUGGAUUUUAUAUGAUUUUAACAACAGAAAAAGUAAUUUACAACAGCUGCUGCCACAUGUUAGAUUUCCUCUAAUGAGUCCAAAUUACAUUCGAAAGAGUAAUAUAGUUCAAACUUUGUUGGAUAACUUUACUAUUGGAGCCAGUUACAUUGAAGAAGCUUUGAAAUAUCAGUACCAAGAACUUACUAUUGAAAAUGCAAUAUUACCAAAACGCUUUACACCCAGGGCUUCUUCUCAGGAUAUUUAUGUCAUUGGCGGUUGGUCAAAUGGUCAAAAAUUGAGCACUGUCCAAUGUUUUAGUGUAGAUACCUUAAAAUGGACAACAGUUAGUAACAUGAAUGUUGCACACGUGUCAAAAGAAGAUUACUUCCGUGUCAUAGUGUCCAAUGAAGAGUUGUACACAAUUUGUUAUGAUAAAGUUAUGAAGUAUGAUCCAGUUGAAAACUUGUGGCAAAAUUUUGCUGCUGGUCCAGAAAUUCAGUGCAAAUGGGCUGGGGUGUGCGAAUUUAAUGGUGAAUUUUACGUUAUAGGUGGAAAUAGUUUGCAGACCAGCAAGAGAUUUUGUACUGAAGCUCGUGAAUGGAAAUUCCUGCCAUUAAUGAAUACAGCCAGGUAUUAUCCUGGUGUAGCUGUAAUGAAUGAUAAAAUCUAUGUCAUUGGAGGACUAGACAACAGGUGGUACCCAGUAAAGCUUUGUGAAUGCUACAAUCCCUUAACAAAUACUUGGGAAGAUAUUGCCAGAAUGCGAACUCCACGGUGGAGUCUUGGUGUUGCUGUCUUGAACAACAAACUUUAUGCUAUUGGUGGAAGCCAUAAUGUAGAACAGUUUGCAAAUACUGUUGAAGUCUAUGACCCUGUUUUAGAUUCCUGGGGUCGAUCGACAGCGCCAAUGAAUUAUGGCCGAAGAUGCUUAGGAGUCGCUGUGGUAAAUAACUUGAUUUAUGUUGUUGGUGGAAGAGUGGCAAACACGAUAGAAUGUUACAAUGAAGAAGAGAAUGAAUGGAAGGUUAUAGGUUCUGUGCAAACCUGUUGUAAUUUUGGAUGUGUUGCCCUAAGAAUAUUAUAACUUGAUUGUUCAGGGUUUUUUUUAGUUUUCAUUUUGUUGUCCUUGUGAUGUAUAUAUACUUGUGGUGUUUAUACAAUGAGUUCAAAUCUAGAAGAAUUUUGCAAUUACUUUGUUACAUUCCUAAUGGGAUUAAUACAAAUUAAUCUUUUUACAAAAGAACAAAUGAAUGGUUGACAUCAAAGAAAAUUUAAUUAAGAAGUCUUGUUAAGUCUUUAAAAAAGAACUAAUGUCUUUUCCAUAAUUACAGCACUGCAUUGAUUCAAUCUCCUGUGUCCUGCAAGCUGAAAUUUUGUGUUUGCGUAUAUUAAAAUUAAAUUAUUUCCAUAUAUCUAUAAAAUAUAUGUAUAUUAGAAUUACAGUAUGCAAUUAUGAACAUAGUAUUUUUCUAGGGUGUGUAUUUACAAAUUUUAUUUUAUUGUAAUUUUUAGGCAGAUACUGUGGUCGUGUAAUAAGUUUGACAAAAGAAAUUCAAUUGAUGUUUAA